AUGUCUUUUGGUUCAAGUAAUACUGGUUUUUCUGGUUUUGGAAAUAACUCUAAUAACCAGUCUUCUGGCAGUGGCUUGUUCGGAAAUCAAUCCAAUAGCCAAUCCAAUAGUCAACCUUCUGGUGGGUUGUUUGGAAGUAAUAACCAAUCUUCGAGUGGUGGAUUGUUUGGCGCUAACUCGAAUAAUGCUGCGAACCCAUCCACCCCUAAUGCCAAACCAACCACUGGUGGUCUUUUCGGAGCCUCUAAUAACACUGCUUCUGGUGGUCUUUUUGGAGCAUCUAAUAAUACCGCUUCUGGUGCCGCCCUGACCUCAAAUGGUGGUUUGUUUGGAAAUCAACCAAAACCUUCAGGUGGUUUAUUUGGAAACCAAUCAAAUGAAAAUAAACCUGCCUUCUCCAUAAAUCCUCCUUCUGCUGACUCUUCUAAAUCAACAACUCCAGCAUUCCUGUUUGGAGCUAAACCAGAAGAAAAGAAAGACGACCAACCUGCUGCUGGUGGGUUAUUCGGUUCUAAACCAGCUACUGGAUUUGCUUUUGGUGCUAAACCAGAAGAAAAGAAAGACGACCAAUCUGCUACAGGUGGUUUAUUUGGCGCUAAACCCGCUGAAUCUAAACCUGCUACUGGUGGAUUCUCAUUUGGUGCUAAACCAGAAGAAAAGAAGGAUGAUAAGCCGGCAGCUGGUGGAUUAUUCGGUUCAAAACCCACUGAAUCUAAACCUGCUACUGAAGAAAAGAAGGAUGAUAAACCUGCUGCUGGCGGAUUUUCAUUCGGUGCCAAACCAGAAGAAAAGAAAGAUGAUAAACCUGUUUCCUUCGGUGCCAAACCAGAAGAAAAAAAAGAUGACAAACCAGCACCUAAUAAACAAGAACCAAAUCUUAAACCUACUCAAAUUCAACCGAAACCAGUCUCGAUUGAUAAUAUGAAUAUGGAUGACUUGAUAUUGAAAUGGUCAAGACAACUCACCACUGGUUCUAAUAUCUUCCAAGAGUAUACCGAAAGAGUUAAGGAAUGGGAUCAAGAAUUGGUGAAUAGUGGUGAAGAAAUAACACACUUGAAUCAAGAAACUUUAGAAGCUGAAUUAUUACAAAAGAAAAUUGACCAACACUUGUUAUUUGUUGAAAAUCAACAAGAUGAAUUGGAUCAAGUUUUAGAUAAUUAUGAACAACAGGCAGAUAUUUUACUCAAUAACAUCGAAUUGAAUUCUGAUGUUACUAACUCUUCUAAGGAUAUGAGCUCAGCUAACGGAUUAAGCGUUACAGAUAAGUUACGUGAAAAGGCAUAUCAUAACGCAGAGUUAUUAGAUGAAAGAUUAGAUACUUUGGGUGACAACUUGACCACCUUAAUCAACGAAAUCAACUCGGUCAGUGAUGUUUUUAAUAAAAACUUAUUGAAUGGAUUUUCCAAUUCUGAAGCUAAAGCCAAGGGUGAAAACCCAGUUGAAGAAAUUGUCAAAUUAUUGAAUUUACACUUAGACAACUUAAAAUACGUUGAAAAACAAGAACAAAUUCUACAAGAAAAAGUAGCCAAAGCUUCUCGUACUAAGAAGCUCCAAUAUUAG